AUGGUCCCAGGUAACUCCUCCUGCAGUUUCUCGUUGGGUGAUGGCAUCCGAGAGGCGCUCCGGGGUGAUCAGAUCGAGGUCGCCCGUCUUCUCCCCGCCAUUGCCGACUUCAGCGUCGACAGCAGCGGUGGACGAAGUCCAAUGCCGACUGCUCUUUCCAAGCGUGGCCCUGGCUUCGACCCGAGCGAGCUGGCACCGGCCGCCAAGAGAUGCGUGCCUGGAAACGGACCAAAGGCCGUUGUCGGUUCGCGCACUCGUCAGCGUGCCCCGAUCGCAGAGCCGGACACCAUCCACAUCGAUGACGAUGACCAGAGCCGCCACUCCGGACAAGACACGGACUCUUCCGAUGGCUCAGAGAGGGAGGAUGCCGUGUACGGGGCACUGGGUCCAACCUUUGAGCAGGCCAAUGUUUUGAUUGAGCAGGCCAUUGAGAGAAUGGAAGCGCUGUCUGACAGCACGAAAUUAGUGCUUGACAAGCUGAACUCCGUUGUUGAGAGGACUGGCUCGACUGAGAAGUGGCUGCGCAUGCUUGAAAAGUGGGAAGUCAUGGCCGAGAAGUUGGACGCUCUGCCUGAGAAGGAGGGUCCGCUGAGAGCGGCUCGAUCUGGGCCAGCCUCCACUGCCGAAGGUGCUCGUGCCGAGCCCACCGACCACUAG